UGCCCAUUUCCGGAAGUGGAAGCGGGCUAUUAGAAACUGAACUGAAGUUUGUUUUUCUGACAGUAACGUUAUGCAGCAACACAGUAUUUGGUUGCCAUGCAGGUGUUAAUAAAUCAGUCCCGUUUGGAUCAGACAUUCGAAUAAUAGUUUCGGAUUAAAGUGUGAUGUCUUGGAUUCCAGAGCUGUGUUUUUAAGUAGCAUGUCACUGCUGAAGGUGGUAGACGAAGCACUCCUGUUAAUCCAGGUGGAGGAGGCCAAGAUUAACGAGAACAUCCAUCAAUUAAGAGAGAUUCUGUUUUCCAUGAAAGCACAACCAAGGGAUGCUCCCGAAGAGGAAGUGCCAACAACAGAUAAUGAGGAAGGCGUGCUGCCAGAGGAGAGAGAGGAAAUGGAACUGCUGGAACGAGUGCUACAAAGAGCGUUACGGGUUCGCUGUAGAUCGGGGACUGCGGGAAGUGGGGACGGAGCUGCGGUGGGAAGCGGCCAGGCUAAAGGUGGAGGCUCAACCGGUCGGACUGUCUCCAAACCCGCCAGCAAACCCAGUGUGAACCCGUCAGCCUCCCGGAGGUCUGCCUCAGCUCCGCGGCCUUCCAAAGAGGCGGGGGGCGAGUCGGGUCGUCGCGCUGGUCCGGGUCCGGGCGGUGUGGCCCGAAUAUCUGCCCGAAAUCGAGCGGUUGUCCCAGGGAGGGCGGUGGGCCCUCGACGCCCGGACACAGGGCGGAGGUCUGCCCCAGCACCUGCCGCAGGUGAACACCGCCGCCCCCAGGCCUCUUCGGCAGGGGCCCACCCGGGAGCCGCCCAGAGAGACCUCUGUGCUGGAGAUUCGGGCACCGCCUCAGACACCAGGCUGCGUCCUAGUGAGGACCCGACGGCAGUGAGGUGCUUGGUGGGGUCCGGUGUGGGAGACAGCAGUGAGGUGGAAAGUCUCUCCUCCACAAAAGGAGAUGGGAAGCCAUCUGUGCCGCCUUCUGUCUGGAGAGCACACAGGACCAAGCACGGGAGAUUGUGGGACAAAGUUCUGACAGCGGCAUCUAAGCCCGUGGAAGAGAAGGCCCAGUUCACUGAGAGGUUACUCGGCACUUUUCCCUGCAAGUUACCUGCCUGCAGCCCAGCAGACACGAGAGCAGAGGUGGAGAGGCUGAGCCGGCUGUGCCGAGCACUCGCUCACUGUGUCCAGGGGGAGGUGCUGGCUCACAGGACGGCCAGGCGACCAGGGACAGGUGCCUGCUGGGAGUUGGAGUACGAGUCCUUGCUGAUGCAGGAGGGCCUGGAAAAGAUGGUGUUGGACCUCCAGCGGAAGGUGGAGAAGCUGAAGAGAGAUGACGAGGCGUGGGACGGACGGGGGCCUGGAGACUGCUGUCCCGUGCGGAGACGGAGGCGGGGGCGGUGGGGCGACCCGGGCCUGCCCCGCCCGCUCGGGUACGCCAGCGCGGCCGAACUGCGGGAGCUGGAGGGGCUGAGGCUGAGAGUGGCACACCUGCAGCAGGAGAUUCACCUGCACCAGGUCAUGAGAGAUGCCCUGACCCCUUGCCUGACCUCCGCUGAGUCUGCCCGGGGAGCUGGCGUGCUGCGGGCCCUGUACUCCCUGCUGGGGGAAGGGGGGGCGCAGUUCCCCGCCGUGGUCCUGGACCCGGAGCCCGAUUAGCCAGGCCGCGCUAGCGGGAAGCACUCGGACAGGAACUACAAACUGUGCCAAUUUCCCACAAACUCAAUGAGAACAGAGAGAGGGUUGGACCAAAAGAAUCCGUCUCUGAAUCGAUCGUUUCUUUUAAAUCUACUUGUGCGCGUGGACUGUUUAAUGACCAUUUCCUAAAUCAGCUGGUCUGAUUUGGCUCCCCGUAUUAUGACAUCAGAAACUGGCGUAUUUGGGGAAUGAUGACCUUCUGGUGCACUGUGACCUCAUUCCCCCCUCUCGUCGUCCAUUUUGUUUGUGUCCAACAUUGGCGACGGCAAAAUGAUUCAUUUGAACCAGUCAUUCUACCCGGCUCUUACUUUUCUACGUCCGCCACUAAUGUGAAACAGAUUUUCUUGGAGAUCACUGUGUGUGUCAUUUUACAACAUGUUUAUGAUUUCAUUCAAUCAAAGUGCAUAGGGAAUAAAAUAAUUACAAGUGAUAA